AUGUUGAAGCUGAAGAUUGACCCUGAAGACUAUGUCUGUAUAUGGUUCCGGACACCUAUGUGGAGAAGAAACUACACUGACGGACUUAUUCCAGUUAGGGGUUCGAGGUUUUGGCCAGCAAUGGUCCGGAUGUACAUGUACCUCCUCCCAAAGAGAAACCAGCUGAAGAAGAAACCGGGACUGAAGCAGCAACAGAACCAGGAAAAGAAGCAGGGAAGAAGAAGCUCACCAAGGCUGACAAGACAAGAAAAAAAGGUGUUAAUGAGUCUCCAACUAAGAAGCAACGAAAGGAGAAGCAAAGGAUUAUGCAUUGUGGAGUUUGUGGUGAGGCUAAUCACAACGCUAGGCAUCACAAGGCGAAUUCUUCACAGACAUUGUUGUUGGAGGGUCCUCAAAGUCACGUUGAAUCCUCUCAAGGAACCCUUACUCAAGAUUGAAUGA